CCCAGGCGUCUUCUCUGACUCCAACGUUCAGAUCACACACCAUCCAACAUCAUGGCCCCUUCUAUCCUUCUAUCGAGCCCAGCUCCAACGUCUACCUCAAAGUCAUCGCCGACGGAGCAGGUGCCAUUGUCGCCUCCAUUCCCUAAUCCCUCUCUCCAGAUCACAGCAGAUCACAAUCUCAAAUUUGUCCCCGCCCCGGUGUAUGCGCCACAGCGAGGUGAGGUCCUACUGCAAAUCAAAGCCACUGGCGUCUGUGGGUCCGAUAUUCAUUUCUGGAAAACCGGUCGCAUUGGAGAGCUAGUCUUCGAAGGAGAUUGCAUAAUUGGCCAUGAAGCAGCGGGGGUGGUGCUAAAGUGUGGAGAUGGAGUGACCCAUCUCCAGCCUGGUGACAGAGUCGCCGUCGAACCUGGGGUUCCUUGCGAACAGUGCUUCCUCUGUGAUGACGGUCGCUAUAACCUUUGCGAAGACGUCCAAUUUGCGGGAGUAUAUCCUUAUGCGGGUACCAUCCAACGUUACAAGGUCCAUCCGGCCAAAUGGUUACAUAAGCUUCCAGACAAUAUAUCCUAUCUUGAAGGGGCCCUCCUCGAGCCACUUUCGGUCGUUAUGCGCGGAAUUGAGGUCGCGCGUCUUCAUUUAGGUCGUGGUGUAGUCGUAUGUGGUGCUGGGCCUAUUGGACUGAUCGCCCUCGCAGCUGCUCGGGCAUCUGGGGCCCACCCCAUUGUCAUCACAGAUAUUGAGCCAAAGCGACUCGCCUUUGCAAAGGAAUUUGCGCCUUGGUGCAACACAUACCAGGUUAAUCCAGCACUAGAUGCAGAAGGCAACGCUAAGGCAAUCCGAGCGAUUUUUGGUCCGGACGAGUACAACGCCCCAGAAACUGUAUUAGAGUGUACUGGUGUUGAGAACAGUGUGUGUACUGCAGCAUUUACCGCUCGUCGGGGUGGUACGGUGGUCGUCAUUGGCGUGGGAAAGGCAGUCAUGAAUAACCUGCCAUUUAUGCAUAUUUCCCUGGCAGAGAUCGAUUUGCGGUUCAUCAACCGAUACCGCGAUACCUGGCCGCCUGCUAUAGCGUGUCUCAGUGGGGGCAUACUGGACCUGAAGAAAUUGGUGUCGCACGUUUUUCCCCUAGAGAAGGCCGUAGAUGCCUUGAAUAUGUGUGCGGAUACCAGAAACGGGAGCAUUAAGGUGACCAUUGUGGAUGAGGUUGAAGCAACGCUGUGAAUAAUUGCAGAAUAUAUGGCAGGGGCAGAGAC